AUGCCCGUCAUGUCGAUUGACAAACUUACACCUUCUGCUGCGGCACCUCCCUCUGAUGAUAAUGUCCUCUGGAGGCAUUCGGAUCCAAAGUCCACUCACAUGUGGAAGUUUCUUGAGCACGUGAACAAGAAGCAUGGUUUAAGUCUCGAUGGUUACCCAGCACUAUACAAGUGGUCGAUCGAUGAAGUUGCUCAGUUCUGGGAGGAAGUUUGGCAUUUUUCUGGUGUCACGGCUUCAAAGCCCUUUGAAGAGGUCCUUCCUAAAAAUGCUCCUAUGUACCCCCGACCAGACUUCUUCUCGGGCUCACGUCUUAACUUCGCUGAGAACCUCCUCUUUCCCGCAACCUCUCCACUUCCCGAGCCCACUGCUCCAGCCGUUAUCACUGUUACCGAGUUGCCAAACUCCACAGUGACUACUUCAUGGGCUGAGUUGCGUGAGGCAGUCCGUCGUUGUUCUAAUGCCCUGCGUGCAGCUGGUCUCAAGCCCAAUGAUGUUGUUGCGGGCUUCGUCUCAAAUCAUGUUGAAGCGCUGAUUGCUAUGCUUGCUGCCGCCUCAGUCGGCGCCAUUUGGACUGGUAUAAGUCCUGAUAACGGUGUUUCUGCUGUCCUGGACCGUCUGAACCAAAUUGCCCCCAAGGUGCUAUUUGCCGAUAACGGCACAGUCUACAACGGCAAGGAGUGGUCUAGUGUAGCAAAGACGACUGAGAUUGUGGCUGCGUUGAAGGACAAGGGGCUUGAGAGAGUGGUUGUGAUUAACAACAUCAGCUCUGGUGGACUUGGUCUUGAAGAGCUUGAGAAGCAUGGCGUGUUGGCUGUUGAUUACGCCAAGAUGCUCGAGUCUGCUUCUGAAGACCCCCUGAAGUUCGAGCAGCUUCCUCCAGCUCAUCCCCUCUAUGUUCUCUACUCCAGUGGUACAACUGGUCUUCCCAAGGCCAUUGUUCAUACAGCUUUAGGUACACUUCUGCAGCACAAGAAAGAGCAUCUUCUUCACUGCUCACUCGACUCCUCAUCUCGAAUGCUCUACUAUACGACUACCUCCUGGAUGAUGUGGCACUGGAGCAUCGGAGCUCUUGCCGUUGGCUCUACCAUCGUUGUCUACUCUGGCUCUCCUUUCCGCCCCCAUGGUCAUCUCUCACUCCCACGUCUCCUCUCUGACCUCAAGGUCACUCAUUUCGGUACCUCAGCCGCCUAUCUGACUGCACUAGAGGCCAACAACGUUUACCCUGUCCGUGACGAGUCGAUUGAUCUCUCAAACCUGCAGGCUAUCUACUCCACUGCUUCACCUCUCCCCCCAUCGACCUUCAAGUUUGUCUAUGAAGCCUUCCCCAAGCAUAUCAACCUUGGCUCGAUUACCGGUGGAACAGACAUUAUCUCACUAUUCGGAGCGCCUUGCCCACUGCUCCCUGUUCGUGUUGGUGAGAUCCAGUGUGCUGGACUUGGUAUGGCUAUCCGUGCUGUUGAUUCCGUCACGGGCGAACCCAUCAAGGCCGACGAGCCAGGUGAUCUUGUCUGCAUCAAGCCUUUCCUUUGCCAGCCUCUGACCUUUUUCGGUCCUAGCGGCGAGGCCAAGUAUCAAUCGGCUUACUUUGAGAGGUUCGAAAACAUCUGCGGCGUUGAGGGAGCAGUAUGGCACCAUGGAGAUUUCGUCAAGAUUCCUGACCCUGCAACUGGCAGUCUUGUCAUGCUUGGACGAUCAGAUGGUGUACUGAAGCCAUCAGGGGUGAGAUUCGGCUCAGCCGAGAUCUACAACAUUCUCACACGCUUCUUCGCCUCUGAAGUCGAGGAUGCAGUUUGCAUUGGACGUAGACGGGAGACAGACUCAGACGAGACUGUAUGUCUCUUUGUGGUAAUGGUACCUGGACAUGAAUUCAGCGAUGACCUGCGCCUAAGGAUCAAGUCCAAGAUCAAGUCUGAGUUGAGCCCUCGACAUGUACCUGGCGUCGUGGAGGAGUGUGGAGGCGGCGUCCCCAAGACUGGCAAUGGAAAGAAGAUUGAGGUCGCAGUGAAACAGAUCCUUUCUGGUAUGAAUGUCAAGACCAAUGCCAGCGUUGCAAACCCUGAAGCACUAGAUUGGUUUAAGAAGUGGGCGGAAACUCACUAG